AAUAAUACAAAAAAAAAUCAGUCUUGUCACGUAAAAACUUUGUAUGCAGUAGUGCAAGUACACAAGUAUUGUACUUAAGUACAGUUUUGUGGUACUUGUACCUUACUGGAGUAUUUACUACAGUUACUUUAUACUUUUACUCCACUACAUCUACCAGUUUGUUCGCUAUAGUUACUUUGUAGCUUAAGUUUGUACAUACAAAUAUGAUAGUUUUAUAAAUUAAGGUGCAUUGUUUUGCUAUAGAUUAUUCCACCCAAAAAGAUAUAAAGUACAUAAGAAUGUUAAAACUAUUAAUUUGUGCUCGCUGUUGAAAAGUGCAGGUGCAAACAGUGUAAAACAGUUAAAAUGUCUUAAAGAUUUUAAUGUUUCCAAGUGAGAUGUUGUGGGGGUUAGAGUUUAAAUUAAAGCACUUAAAGCUGUUGAAUUUUUAAAUUAGAAUAGUAUUUUUCCAUUGAGGUGUCACUACUUUCACUUAAAGAUAUGAGUACGUCUUUCACAGUAAAUCAAACUCACUCAGACUAAGAGGCAUCCUGACUGGCUCUCCUCCAGGUCAGUCUUUCCUCGUACACCUUCGUCUCCAGACAGGAUUUCCUGUCUGUGUCUGAGGGAGGGGUUGGAUGUCAGGAGCCCCCACAGCUCCCAGCACUGGUACUGGGACAUGGACUGGGAAUGGGACUGGGACUGGGACCUGAGGAAGCCAGAGACAGUAUGAUUACUGAGUGACAUCAACCUCGUAUCUACUGUAAACACAGAGCUGAGUGCUGCUUCCUUCCUUGUCCUGGAGGAGACAUUUCACAUGCAGGACAACAUGAAGAAGAAGAAAAAGCAGCGGGCCCGAAAACUCACCAAAAAACAGCAUAAAAAUGUUUCCAUGGACGAAACCGUGCAACCCUUCAGAUCCAACCGGCCGGAGUUUGAGGGCUUCCUGUCUGAGAUGACUCGGUGGUUUUCGGACCAUCAGCUGCAGGUGGACGAGCUGUUCAGCCACAGUGACGCAGACAGAAAUGGAUCAGUCAACCUGAAGGAUUUCUACCUGGGUCUGAUGAACUUGAACGUCCCUUGUCAGCCGUUUCAGCUCCACAUGCUGACUCAGCAGCUGAAGACCGCCAACGACAUGAUCAGUUAUCGAGACUUGAGCAGACAAGUGCAGAGACUGAGACUGAGUGACAGCACAGAGAUCGACACCCAGAUAUCCAGAUGUGAUCAACAUCAGCUCUUAAACCCUGAACAGGACAGGAGGUUCAUCCGUCUGAGUGUCAGACUGAUCCCCUUCGACUCUGCUGCAGCUCAUCCAGGAAACUUUGAGGUGGUUUUGUUGAGCAGCAGCAGAGUCUUCAGUCUGAUCAGGAUGAUCAAGGACCGGGUCGGGAUCCAGACCUCCAGGCUGGAGGUUUACCGGAGCAGAGUGCCCACAGAGGAGGCUCGCCUUCCCCCAGAGGGCCUCCUGGAGGAUGUUGGCUUCAGAGGAGGGCCAGAGGGAAGUCCUCCAGAGGACACGGUGUACUACGACUACAGACUGAUGUUUACAGACUGUCCCGUCCUCAACUGUGACCACUACUUCAGGUCAAUGCUGGACGCUGCCGCCACGAGGAGCGGCCACUGUCUUUAACGGCUUGUUAUUUUAGUGUUAGCUGAGAGAAAUAAAAGACACACACCUUAGUGUCGUCAAAGAUAGAAGUUGUUCGUCUCUACUUUCCUGUAACUUCUACAACAACACCUUGUGGAACGGGUCCAGUAUUGAGGGACAACGCUGUAAACAGCGAGGUUAAGUGUAACGUUAUGUUCACUAAAAGUGCUUGUUUUUGCCACUGACAGGCUCAGAUUGUUAUUUUAAGUGUCUGAUAACUUUAUGGAAGGGACCCUACCGUGAAAUAAAACCUUUUUCUUGCCUUUCUCUUGA